AUGGUGUUAAUAACAGAGGAACAAGGCGAAGGUUCAAAGAUUCGAGAGAAUGGAGUGUCCGGAGGUGUGGGACUGGGUACGAUGGAAUUUAGGAAUAAUAAUGUUUCUAAGGAUACUCUUGUCAUGUCCGUCACCAAUGAAAAUGGGGAUGAGUGUGAGAUGUCAGGAGAGGACAAUAGCGAGGACAAUGAAGCUGAUUAUAUACGAAACUACUGGGAGGAUGAGGAUGAUAUCUACCAAGAGUUUGAGGAGUUGGACUUCGAUGCCCUGCCGGAUCACUCUGACACACGAAGCGUUGCCUCUGACGAUUCUUUCUAUCCCCCAGACAAUUCAGUUGUGUCCCACAUGUACCUCUUACCAAGUCCUGAGAGCCCCGAGCCCAUUUCCCUUUUUAAGGCCUGCUGCAACAACAACUCCAUCAUUGUCAAGAUUAUGAUCAGACAAGGAGUGACUGAAGAGGAAGUGAAAGAGACGGAUAGGAACAGAAGAUCUGGCCUGAUUAUGGCGUGCUACCAUGGCUACGUGGAUGUGGUCAUCGCCCUCUCUCAGUGCCCGUAUCUUGAUGUUAACUGGCAGGACAACGAGGGCAACACUGCUCUUAUUAUAGCAGCGCAAGCAGGUCAUAUGCUUAUCUCUCACUACCUGCUCAACUACUUCCCUGGGCUGGACAUCGAGAGGAGGAACUGUCAUGGUUUCACAGCUUUGAUGAAGGCUGCCAUGCAGGGCCGGGCUGAGUGUGUCAGGGCUCUCAUGCUGGCUGGAGCUGACAUUCAGGCACGGGACAACGGCCGGCAUAUGACACCCAGGGAAUGGGCUCUCUUCACUGGUCGAUACGAGACAGCUUACCUGAUGUAUCGGCUGAUGUCAAAGCCCUGUGCUGAGCAGUUCUGUGACUCAUUCUCCCUGGAGUGGCCCAUGCUGGAGGAGCUGGUGACUCAGGCCAGAGAGCCAAAGUCCUACUGGAGGCGUUUGAUCAACCUCCUCUCCUGCUGCUCUUAUAGGUUUUAUGUCAACAACAGGGUAAAACCUGUGGAUGAUGGCGUUCUUGACCACAUGGUCCGGAUCACCACUAGUAUCUCCAGUCCGUUCAUUGCCAUAUCUUGCCGCACAGUGUGUCCAGGCAGCCCACCGUGCAUCGGGAAGCGUCGUCACGCCGUGCAGGAGAUCCUGAGGAGGCAACGGGUGGCUGAGCUGAAGCGUCUUGGCCCUGACAGACUUAACAACUACAAGAAAUUUUUCCAGAACUCACGGGUCCUUCUCAUCCCCAAGCCGAGGGAUCGGAGGGCCAGCCUCCAGCCGCAGCUGCUGACCAACGUGGCCGCGGCGUCCAUAAGGCGAGCAAGUCUUCUACCUCUGAAUAUGCUGAGGAGAAGCAGCAUGCGGGAAGGCAUCAUGGUCCCCAAAGUAAUACUCUGCAAAGCCCCUUCUCAGAGCUUUAUACCGGAAAAAAUCCCACGGAGCAGUAACCACAACCAUCUCCAGAUUCCCAAAUGGAACUAUAAGAUGAAGAGAAUAGAGAGGAGGCAGGAGGAGGAGAGGAAAAGAUUGUUACCUCUAAUAAGGAGGAGAUGAGGGGAAAGGGGAGUACACCUGUAUGUUCACAUUACCCGAGAAAGCCAGACAUGGCUUGCUUGAGUGUGUCCCUCACAUGGCUCUUACAAUGCACAGUGUUGCAGUUCUAGAAAAACUGACAUGAAGAAUUGACUCUGUUUAAUGUGAAUGUAAGUGCUCAUUGUCGUUUUAGUUUGCUAAGCUUGCCGACAUUGUUGGAUUUCUUGCCUUGUUUCUACUUGAGUCCACACGCUUUAUUUGUGAGGCAUUAUUUGUGGUGCAAUGUGGAAAGUAUGGGAGCUCGGGGAGGGUAAAAUCGACACAGUUUAGUAUUUGUACAUACAUUUUUCCAUGUUGGCAGCUUAUAUUUAUCAUAAAUUCAAUAACAUGUGGCAAAAAAUUUUUAAAUAAGUGCUCAUCAAAUUGUCUAAAGCAGUGGCUUAGAUGAAUAUAUGCUACCAAAAAAGGACGCAGAAUGAUGACAGAUUUGGUAAACGAAACAGAAACAAAGGAGAGACAGAGAUUAAUAUUAAGGGAAGGAAAAGUGCUUAGCAAGAGAGACAAAAACUAGCAACGAGACGUCAUGCUGAGUUGGAGAACACUAGUAAAGGACACAUAGGAUAAAAGGCUGAACAAAGUGAAAUUUGACAGGCACAUUUGCCAGAGAGGAAUAUCAAGAGGGGAGAAAUGGGGCUUGAAAAUGCAGGAAGUUGACAGCCAGUCGGACGGAUUUCACAGGACGGAGAGGAGAGCUCUGACACGGCCAUAUGAAGAUAGGUGGCUGGCUGCUACAGCAGAUUGCCACAGGAAAGGACCGCUGAGCAUGCAGGAGGAAGCCAGGAAGACACUUUGCACUGAUACAUAGUACAACAGGUAGUUGCAAGGAAGGGGAAGAGCUUAUGAGCAGUAUUUGACAGCUGAGCUGAGGAGGCAGCUCACAGGCUUUGCAAGGGCUUUGUGGAGAAUUGGAAAGGCAGAGCCAAAAAUAAACAGCUUAGUGUUACUACCGUGACUUGUUGACUUCUGAAAUAAUGGGAAAAAAAAAAAAAGAGAGUCCACUGGUACUAUAUGCAUCUCCUGCUUUGACUUGGAGCCAUGGAAACCCACCAUUAGUUGUUCAGUGUGAAUGACUGUUAUAAAAACACAAUUAGGGAAACUACAUACAAAUACAUUAAAUGUAUUAUAUAUAUAUGGAUUUAACAGGACAUAUGCUGUGUGGUGUAUUACCUUUACCACCCUCUGGCAGCAAACACUGGAAAUUCCCAAAAAACUGUACAAAAGUAAAAAUCAAUGCCUGUUGAUUCCGGAUGUUGCAAAAGCUAAUGGAUUGGUAUAGAAAUCCUGCAAAACCCUCUUAAAAAUAAACAAUAUUAUAAAGUGAGGGUGUGAUGCGCUUAGCACAGAUGUCUUUUUGUGCUGUGACCGAGUAGAGGUCGCCCACUAAUCAGAAGGUUGGCGGUUUCCCCCCAGCCUGCAGGUCGAAGUGUCGUUGGGCAAAAUACUGAACCCUAAAUUGCUCCCAUCUGUGUGUGAGAUUGUGUGUAAAUGAUUAGUUUAUUUCUGAUGAGCAGUUGGCACCUUGCAUGGUAGCCUUUGCCAUCAGUGUGUGGAUGUGUGUGAAUGUGACUUGUAGUGUAAAGCGCUUUGAGUGGUCAGAAGACUAGAAAGAUGCUAUACUAUAAGUACAGUCUUAUUUACAAUUACAGACAGAAUUUUGCUAUAUACACUGAUUUGAUAAAUAUCCUCACUGCCCUGUAUUAUUAUAAACUAUAAUGAACUGGUCGUGGAUCACAUCUCUCGCCCGCGUCCAGGUACCUGUCUCUUCAUCCCCUUGCAGUUCUCAUGCAUCCGUUCCCGUUGGAGACUGUGGCUGCUUCGACAUACGUUUAGUAUGAGAUUGGCUGGCACACUUUUCAGUCUGCCGUAUUUCUCUGGCAAACCUUCUGUUAGGAUAUUGUAACUAGCAGCAAAUGAAAGGUUAAAGUCUUGGCUACACAUAAAUAUAUUUUAAUGUACAAAAAUGUUUUAUGAAAUUAGGUGAUUGUUGAUUAAAGUCAUAUUGUUGGAGGGACCACAUCAGUUUAUGAAACGGGCCCCCAGAUGCUUAAGGCCACCACUCGCUGUGAGGCAGGACAAAUCUCACUAAAUACCUCUUUUAACAUUACGAUAUAAUUAUAUACAUGCACACAAAGAGAUGACUAAGCUAUAUCUACUCUUUUCUACUUUGAACUGUUGAUCUCUGGGACUGGACCACAGUGAACGGUUCUUGCAUGGAAUGAAGUACAGUUCAAGGGAUCUAUAGAUUUCUUUACAUUUCUGCAAGGAACUCAUCGAUAGCAAAACACAAGACUCAUUUCUAACACGCCUUUAACCAUUUUUUGUACUGGGAGGGAAGCUGAUGGAGGAUACCAUACAUCAUGUAGAGGGAACGGAGGAUGGCCUGACAAAUACAUGUCACCCUGUCAUUGGCUUCUGAGGAAAUACUGUGAUUUACCAAAUGGAUCUUUUUUUGGACCUUCGUUUCUCAUCGAUUGUGAAUAAUCAAGUUCAGCUCUCCUUUCAGAUAUGUAAAAUAAAGGGCUUAUAGGUCAGUUUCAUGCACCUCUUUGCCAUGCAGCGAUAAACUGUAGGAGGACAUUUUCAAAAAGUUUUAAUGAAGCCUCUAAUUGUGUAACAUCUUUCUGUGUUUUUUCAUUACAGCAAAAUAUCAUCCCAGUGGCUGCAGUAAAUUUGUUUGUGAUGCUCUGCCAAACUGAACAAUCACUUAAUGUCACCACAGCGAUUCACGAUGUAGCCAUCCUGCCACAGUGUUUUAUGAAAAAUACUUUACUCUUACCACUUCAUGAAGCAGUGACUUAAGUGGACGAAACCAGAAAUUGUAAAAGCGAAAAAUACAAUGUUCUGUCAAAACUU